AUGAUCGCCUCAUUUCCAUCCUGCACCAGCACCAACGCUACCCCUUCUUCUUCCAAUCAUGCCAACCCUCUUACUACCACCACUGCUCUGCCCCAAGACAAUGGAACCUUCUACAAGACGGAGAUGAGCUGCACCACGCUUUCACAGCUCCUCCAGGACCAAGCCACGGCCUCGUCUCCUCUGUACCACAUGCAUGCCGGUGCUCCAAGAGCGCCACAUGCUCCUCUUACCAUGGAACGAGUAUCGGCAAUCAUUGGCACUGCCCUGGACCUGCUCGACGAUGAGGACGAAGAUCUCUUCUAA